AUGGAUGAGCAAGGAGUACAAUUUGGCCUCGUGAUUGAUCACGACGGCCUCAGGCUCAACGUCACCGUUGAUGGCCACAACGGGCAUACCAAAAUUGGUGUCAAUGUUGAUACCGACAACAAGAUUGAGAUAGUGUUCAGCGUCGACAAGCCAGCGACCGGGCGAGUCCAUACCAACCCUGUCGCUUCAACCAACGGCCAAAUUCGAGAGGGGCAGGAAGCUGGGCAGCCGGUUGUUGCUGUUGAGAAUCGUAUCAAGGCAUCAAGGACCAUUGAAGCCAGGGACGUCGAGAUACGCAAUGGGGAGGGGGAUGAUCAGGACAUUGAGAUGGAGUAA